CUGUUCCAACCAAAUACCAGCAACAUGCUCAACAAAGUCACCGUCACCUUAGCCGUCCUCCUAGCUCUCAGCGGUCUGAGCAGCUCCAAAUCUUGUAGUGAAGAACUUAACCAGGUUUUGGCUGAUAUUUGUAAAGAGACGGGUUUUAACGGAUUUAUGUCAAAGCGCGACUCAUAUGCUGCUUUGGGCUUCAAUCCCAUCGAUCCUGUUCAAUACACUGAGGCCAAAGAAACUGCAGAUCUAUUACCAUAUCCUUUGUCCAACGGACGCAUGCGUAAUAUCUAUGAUAACAAUAUGGUCAACUCACUGACGAACGUACGACGCUUAACCCGCAGCGGGAUCGUCGAGAGAUGCUGCAUUAGAUCUUGCUCUGUUAGCGACUUGAUCGACUACUGCAGCGCCCCUUAGACAAAAUGAUCUCGUUAAAGCUUGAAGCACCACGACCAAAGUACAUGAACCUGACUAUUUACCUUCUUGUUAUCUAUGCAUACGUAUAUAUAUAAACAUAUUUAUAUUCCAUAAAGUUGAAAAUAAA